GCUCCGGCGGCGGCAGGGAGACAGAGGGUGGCUGCCCUUUUCUUUCUUUCUCCUGAUGAUGGGGGACUUUUCUUCCCGCCAAAACGGGAAUGAUGAAGGCUUGGGUUGGCGGGAACCGCCGCCGCCGGGAGAAGGGCGGGUUGGGAGGUUUCUGUGGCGCAACCCCGAACCCUUCGGGGGAAAGGGGUGAAGGGCACCGGUGGGCUUAACAGCCGUGCGCUGUUUCCUUCAGCCUCUCCCCUACUGCCUUUCCUUCUCCUUCCCUCGCUCCGCCCGCGGAACAGCGGCUUAUGUUUUUGAGGACGGCGCUCGCCUGCAGCAGCCCCGCUCGGUUCCCUCCGCAGACUUGACUCGCCUUUCCCCCUCCCCGCCAGCGCAGCGAGAAGGAGCAGCAUGAGCCGCGAUUUCAAACCGGGAGACCUGAUCUUCGCCAAAAUGAAAGGCUAUCCUCAUUGGCCAGCCCGGGUUGAUGAAGUUCCUGAUGGAGCAGUGAAACCACCGACAAAUAAAAUGCCUAUAUUCUUUUUUGGCACUCAUGAAACUGCAUUUUUGGGACCAAAAGAUAUAUUUCCCUAUACUGAAAAUAAAGACAAAUAUGGCAAGCUAAAUAAAAGGAAGGGCUUUAAUGAAGGAUUGUGGGAAAUUGAGAACAAUCCCAAAGUUAAAUUUUCCAGUCAGCCGUCUCAGCCAUCAAUUAACACUACAGUUGUUAAAGAAACAGAUCAAGAAGAAAGCAUAGACACUACAGAAGAAAAUGAACAAAAAAUGGGUCCCAAGCGAAGAAAAUUAACAGCUCUUAUUAAAGGAUCUGCCAAACCAGACAAUGAAACUUCUGAAGCUGAAAUUGAAGAAAAGGAACUGGAAACUUUAAAAGAUGAUGAUUCUCCAGAAAAACCUAGCAGUGAAGAUAUGAAUAAAACAAGUGAUACGUCAGUCCCUAAAGUUGCUAGAAGGGGGAGAAAAAGAAAGGCUGAAAAACAGGCAGAAGUAGAAGAAGCAGCAGUGGUGGUGGCAGGAGCAACAGCAACAAUUACAGCUCCAAAAGCUAGUCCUAAAAGAGGAAGGCCUGCUGCUACUGAAAUAAAAGUUCCGAAACCAAGAGGGAGACCCAAAUUGAUAAAACCACAUUGUCCUCCAGAGGGUGACAGUAUUCAUGAGGAAGAUAGGAGUAAGAAAAAGAGUGUUGAAGAGAAGCCACCCAAAAAACAGCAGAGAAGAGAUGACGAGAGUCAAAAAGAGGAGGACAAAAUUAGAAAAGACCCAGAUAAAAAGGAAAAUAAAAAAGACACAGACCUGAAAAGGAAAAAUACUACUAAAGUGGGAUCAGCAUCUGCCUCUGAUAGUGAAGACGAUGGAGAAGAGCAAGAAGGGAAUAAAAAGAAAAAAGGAAGAAAUGUUCAAGGAUCGCAUAGAAGAAACAUUUUAAAAGGCCAGCAUGAACGUGAAGUAGCAGAAAGGAAACGUAAACAGGAAGAACAAAUGGAGGGAGAAUCGCAGAAUAGAGAAGAAUGCAAGAAACCAGAAAUUAAGAAGAUAGAGAAAAAACGAGGUCAGUGGUCAAAGCUUGUUUUCUAAUUCUUAAAGUAUUUUUACUUGGUAAUGUAAACAGUAUUAACCUACUGAAUGAAAUUAUGUAAGCAUUUUGAUACAACAUAUAUAUAUAAUA